AUGAUAAAGAGAUUCAAAAAACUCUUUCAGGGUUAAAGUGAGUUCCAAUCAUUUCUAACAAAAUCUAGUCUAACAAAAGAUAACUUUGUUUACAAGCAAGAAGAUGUUGAAAUUUUAAUACCAUUUUUAACUGAUGACCAGAAUAUAUUCGAUUUUUUUUAGGUAUAUUAGGAUGAAAGCUUCCAAGCUUAUACAAUAAAAAUGAAAAUGCUCAUAACAAUUCAUUAAGUGCUAAAUAUUAGUGAAGAGUUUGCUUCAUAAUUCUCAAAAAUAAAUUUUGCAUAUUUUAAUAAGUAUGAAUGAUUGAAUAUUAGCAGAUCUACCUAAAAGCCAGAAACAUUUGUGUUUAAGUAAGUAACAAAUGAGGUAUGGUUGUUAGAAAAUCUUUAAAUUCCAUUUUUGCAGUAUUUAUAAAAAUUGGCAUUGAAUGUUCAAGAAGUAAAAAGUUAUCGAAAUCAUCAUUUUCGAAAAUAGAUUAAUUAAUCUAAGUAUAAGAUGUUAAUUUAUAAAAGUCUCGUAGUUGAAUGUUUCAAAUUAGAAAACCUUGUAAAUUAAGGUUUAUCUUUAGUACCCUAACUGAAAACAUCCUUAUCAAAUUUUCCUCAUGAUUUUCUUUUGAAGAAAUUAGCCUGUAACCUCUAUUGUGAAUUAAGGCAAUUUCAAAGACAAUUGAUUAAUUCUCUGUCUGCUUUAUUGGAUACCAACUCUAGGGCCUCAAAUAUUGAGAUAUUUGAGUUCUUCAGAGAAGUAAGAUCUCUCUCUCACAAUUCAAAUAGGUGUAAAUGAUUGAGAAGAAGACCAUGUCAUAUUAUAUGUUACACAAGUUGUUUGAUCCUGGAAGAAAACUAAUGCCUCCUUUGUAAUUGAAAAUAGAUCUCAAAAGUGCAAAACAUCUUGAAUAGUAAGCUUUAAAUGAACAACUAAAGAUUAAUUAGCAAAAAUAAAUGAGAAGUUAACGUAAUUCCAGAUCUAACAGUAUGGAUCAAUAAUAAAGAGUGUCUUAAGGUUUUAUUAGUUAAAGAGAACGCCGAUUUAUGAUGUAUAGCAGAGCUAAAAAAUAAGAUACAAUUUAGGAAGACAUUGAAAUGCCAACUGAAGAAUAAUAACCAUCAGAUAAGAAAAAAUCAACUUAAAUUAUUGAUAAUUAAGCCAAUUAAAUACCAAAACAAUUUGAUAAUCUUGAAGAAAAUAAUAGUGAUAUACAAAAAAAAGAAAGCAGUAAUGAAAGUGAAAUUAAUGAAAGAAAUAGUUAAAAAGAAACUAAUGAUAUUGUUAAAAAUUAAGAAAGUACUAGUCAAGCAGAUUAAGAUGAAAAUUAAUAUAUUUGA